UCUCUCCUCACUAUCUUCCUAUUUCGCUCCCAAGAAUGCCUCUACCCGAUUCAAUUUCGCUUCUCUCUCCAGCUUACUCUUUUUUCCUCUAUUUCCACUCUCUAAUCUGCCUUUCUGUCUCGCUGCUCUCCUCACUAAGCCUUCUCAUUUUGUCUCCCUUCCCUCUCUACCCUACUUUCCCUCUUCCCACUAUCACCCGCUCACAGUGAACGUUACCGGACUGAAGUGUGACCGGGCCGCCUAUCGUUUUUCAGGGAAAGCCGCCGCCCACUAGGCAGUGGUGAUUAGAUACAUCCUGCACAACGACAUGGAAAGUGAACGACCCGCAAGAAGACAGCGAUCAGACUCAAGCAUAUGGCUAAUCUGCGUUUUAAAAGCGGCCUUCAUUACCACGUGUAUCUUCUGGAGGCUUCAUGAAUUACAGAUUCGUCAGUCUAAGGUCACUUUCGACCGAAAGUACCAUGAGCUAAACUUAACCCUUCUAUCCACAAUAUCCGAGAAUUCCCACCUGAAUCUCUCCGGGAGAACCUGUCUCAAGAACCUCUCUGCGCUCAACUCUGAUCUGUCCGAUAUUAAACGAAGGCACAGGGAUCUCCGUCACCAGUUCACUGAGAUGGAAACGAAGUACAGAUCUGUCAACGAAACCAAGGCUCGAAUCUGUGAAUUGUUGACCAGCAGAAGAGAGCAAAUUGUUUCUAAGGACUGGAUCAAAAAUAAAUAUCGGCGUUAUUACGUAUCCACGUUUGAAACAACUUUCUGUAAAGCUAUGCAAGAAUGUUCAAAGCGUGACUCAAGGCUGCUGGAAAUCAAUUCAACAGAUGAAGCGAGCUUCGUAUCCCACAAACUUUUGUACCUAACCCGUGCAUACUGGAUUGGAAAAUGCGAAGACGGGACUGUGGGCUUGGCCCUCCUGUACAAUCAGUCCCCGGGGCAGUCCGUCUGCAGAGACUGCGAGUCCUACGUGAGAGAUAGUCCUUGUGACAGUGAUCAGCGUUUCAUCUGCGAGAAGUCGGCACCUUUGUUCGCGGAUAUUCCUGAAGAGAUCCAUGGUCUCUGCCAACAGCCAGUGGAGGCGACAUGA